CGCCCCCCAACCCGAGCUCCCAGCUGCAGUGGCCUCCUCCCAGCACUGCUCCCCUCCACGUCGUGGAGUCUCCCCUUCCCUGGCUUCCCUCCCGUGUCCUAGCUGAUAAAUGUGUUUGUUAUUGUCGGACAGAGACAGAGAGGAGGCUGCAGGGGAGGGAGAGAGGGAGGCCGGCAGCCCUGCUUCACCCCUCCUGACGCUCCCCCGCGGGUGUGGAGCGGGGCUUCAGAUCAGAGACAGCAGGCCAGGCCGAGCCGGUGGGGCACCCUCCCUCGGGUUCUGUCCGCACUCACCCUGUGCUCUCCCCACUGGGCCGCCCCGCCUGCUCCCUCUCACCCCUGCUAUGAGAACUGAAGCUCUUGGGUCCAGCCAGUAAUUCCCAGAAGCUUCUCUGGCCCCAUGUCUUCUGCCAGACUUCAUGGCAGAGGGAGACCAGAUGCUUCUCCCCAGCCCCGCUGUCUGUGUCCUGUGUCCUGUGUCAGAGGGGGCACCUGGCCUGGUCACGCGGGCACAGACACCGCCCACCUCGUGUCCAGGGGACUCGCCCCAGGUGUCCUGUGUCAGAGGGGGCACCUGGCCUGGUCACGCGGGCACAGACACCGCCCACCUCGUGUCCAGGGGACUCGCCCCAGGUGUCCUGUGUCAGAGGGGGCACCUGGCCUGGUCACGCGGGCACAGACACCGCCCAUCUCGUGUCCAGGGGACUCGCCCCAGGUGUCCUGUGUCAGAGGGGGCACCUGGCCUGGUCACGCGGGCACAGACACCGCCCACCUCGUGUCCAGGGGACUCGCCCCGGGUGUCCUGGGGUCAGGGUCCCUCCAGCUCUGCCCACUGACACUGAGGUGCUGAACGCUUUCGUCUUGUUUCCUUUGCUGAGGGGUGGCUGUGCCAGGUUCCGCCUGGCCACCACCUGCAGCUAGAGGGGCCCCGCUCACCACCGGGUCUGCGGAGCUGACAACGUCCUGGUAGGGGUCUGUCCCUCUGCAGGCGCAGCUGGGGCUCAGCACAGGUAGACAGCUGCCCCUUCCCUGGAGCCCAGGUGGGAAGGGCAGUGCCAGGCACAGUCGGUGACCGGGUGGCAGCGAGGUCAGAGCCCCCAGGGCCCCAGCAAGUCCCCCCCCGGCUGAGGAGGGGCCGAGCUGCCGAGUGACCCCUCCACCCGGAGGCACCCGCGGGGCCAGCAGGAUGGACAGUCCACCUGCCGGUAGUGGCAGCCCAGGUGCGCGGUCUCCAGAAGGGAAUUCGCGGCCCUGAGGGGACCCCGCGGACCCCGCGCCGCCCCCACCCCGCGCCCCCACACCGCGGUGGGGACCUGGGCGCAGGCGCAGUUCUGCCGCCCACGCGUCUCCAUGACGACCGUCCGCGCCUCCAUUGUCGGACCCAUCCUGGUGGCACAGGAGGGUGCGCCCGGCGCAGGUGACCUGAGCAGAAUGAAUGGUCCUUCUGUCCCUCCAGGCUGAGAUGGAGGUAGCCUCCCACCUGCUCAGCACCCCCAGCCCAGGGCAAGACCCCAACCCCGACCCGAUCCCUGACCCCGGCCCUGACCCCAACCCUGACCCCGGCGACCCCAACCCUGACCCCACGAGGAGCAGGCCCGCCUCCGCACACAGAGAGCUGGGCCCCGGCGCCAUGCUGCCCUCCACACAGAUCCUUGACUUGAGCGAGAGAGGUCUGCACCACUUGGGGGUGGUCCUGCCAGCCCCCAACCUCAAGCAACUGCAUCUCCAGAGAAACGCCCUGUGCUCCAUCCCUGAAGAUUUCUUCCAGCUGCUGCCGCACCUCACCUGGCUGGACUUGCGGUACAACCGGAUUCGGGCGCUGCCCCCUGGCAUCGGCGCCCACAGGCAUCUGAAGACGCUGCUUCUAGAAAGAAACCCUAUCAAGAUGCUGCCCGUGGAGCUGGGCAGGACGACCUCCCUAAAGGCCCUGAGCCUGCGGCUGUGCCCCCUGGAGUUCCCGCCACAGCUGGUGGUGCAGAAGGGCCUGGCGGCCAUCCUCCAGUUCCUGCGGGUGUGCGCCGCCACGCAGGGCUGCUCAGAGCGCCUGGUGCCAGGUGGGACGGCGCAGGAGGCCGUGGCUGGUGGCCAGAGCGGGAGCGGGCUCCUGGAGGGGCUGGACCCGGGGCAGCGGCAGGGCUCCACAGACCCCAGGGAGGACUGGCCCAGCACCCACGAGAUCCGGCGUUUCUGGGCCUUGCGGCAGGAGAUCGUGGGCACAGAGCAGGCUGAGGCGCUGGCCGGCCAGCUGCUGCCCCUGGAGCUGCCCCCCAACCUGCAGGCCGCGCUGCGCCCCCAGGACCAGGAGCCCUGCCAUGGCCUGGAACAGAGAGACAGGCAGGUGUUGGCACAGAGGCGGGAGCCAAGGAAGGAGCCUCAGGCCGGCCUGCCAGCCCCCAGGGGUCUGGUGACCCUAAGCUCAGACCUGCGGGCCAGCGGGAGGCCGGUGGCCAAGGCCACGUGGAGCUGGGAGCAGACAGUGCUGCCCAGGGAAGGCACCAGCGCCCAGCGGAUGGAAGGCUUGGCGCGGAUGCUGGGGCAGCAGCGGCAGACGCUGGCACGCAUGAGACACCGGGAAGAGCCGCUCGAGGGCCUCAGGAAGGCCACCCAGCACCUGGCCACUGGCAGGGAGCUGUGGGAGCAGAUGGCACGGCUGAGGCGCGGGCAGGCCUGGCAGCGGGGCUGUGAGCUCCCCACGCUCGCCGCCCCCCAGAACAUGCUUUUUAGCACCAAGUAUUAGCCCUUGGCGUCUUCAAAAUGGAGGCGUCGCUAUGCUUUCCCUCUGGGCGCCCUGCUGGGCGGGGUGGGGGAGGGGCAGCACCCUGCCUGGCGCCUCCUGGUUCAGCCCCAUUAAAGGGUGACGCCCCGCCCCAGUGCUGUGGUAAUGCUACUGUCUCCACGGCCCUCACACAGGAACGGGGACCGUGACACAGGCCACACGGGGGACAGACGAGGACAAGGCACCUGACUGCAGGCCUGGUGAGCAGCUGGGUCCCCAGCUGAGAGCCGCAGGCAGAGGACUGGGGCUCAAGGAUGGCCCGCCUCAUGAAUAUGGACGGCCCGCCUCAUGAAUAUGGAUGACCCGCCUCUUGAAUAUGGACGACCCGCCUCAUGAAUAUGGACGAGUCCCUCUGUGUCAGUGCGUAGGCGCAGAACCCCAGGAGGGCCGGCCCCAGCUCAUGCACGCACACCUGCACACACAUGCACGCGUGUUCAUUCAUACAGGCUCUCACACCUGCACAGACAGCACACGCGUGCAGACAGACAGUGCGGCCCCUCCUCACACCAGGCCCAGGGCCUGGGCAGCGCCCUGUGCUCUGCUCUGCAGG